ACUCUUUUGAAAGGAACCUCUUCGCUCGGAAGUCCAGGUGCCUUUCGGCCGGGCCCUAACAUCAAGAUUCCUGGCCAACCGAAACUAAAAGGUAUUUUGGUUCAGAUGUGCCUAAUGUCAACUGCAGCAGACGAUGGGGACAAAUAAAAAAUUCAUAUACGUACUGGCAUUGCUGUUAACCAUCGUGACUGGCUCUGUGUGGCGUUUUUUGUGGGUGAAUAAAGGUGUCUUGGUAAACUUGAGUAGCCGGAUGCAAAGCAUCGGAGUCUGGAAAUCCAUUCAACAAAAUCCGCAAAGACUGCUUUCUGCGAUUUCUGAUGACCAUAAUGAAUUGCCUGAAUCCGUGAAUUUGACAUUUGAGCAUGGAUAUGUAGUUUUCAGACCAAGAAAUUACAGCCAGACAACUGGGAAGCGAUUUGUGUAUCUCAUUCAGAGCCCAAGUAAAGGGGUCAUCAAAGGAUUACAAGAAACCAAGGAACGUGACGUCAUUUGGAUGACGUUUGGGGAUAUGUCAGGUGACAUUUACGCCCCGGGCACCUCCCACCUUUCCGGUAGAAAUGUGCUUCUUCAACACGCGGUGAACUUAGCGGCCCAAAUGAAAGACGGCGGCUAUCUGUAUUAUAUAUUAUUGGACGAUGACGUGGAGCUUUCGGUUAGGACGGAUGGGCAGGUCAAUUGGAAAGCUUGGUCCAAGAUGGCAUCGGAUCCCUAUCAGAGGUUCGAGGAGUUUCUUAUGCAUUACCAACCUGCUGUGGGUUACGUGCGUUACCAAGAUAUGAGUAGACAGUUUGUCAAUAAACAAGAACCCGUAAACUUGAACUGGGAUUUUGAUGAGUGUUUGAAUGCGUUUCACAAGGAUACACUGUCCUUUCUGAUACCGUAUGAUUUGCACCUCGAUUAUGAAUCGUGGUGGUAUGGUGGCUGGAUUACUCGUCAGUUGAUCUCGAUGCUGUAUCACAGCUAUCGCAUGCAAUGCAACUCACUGCAUGUUACGAAUCAUAUAUCAGACAGACCUAUUUCGAAGAACAGAUACAAGAAAUUUUUUGAUUAUGAAAAACCGCGGGACUAUAUUUCGUCAGCAUUGCUGACAAAAACAAAAGCCAGACCAGCUAGAGCCAAUACAUUAAUCCAGGCUCUAUUGAAAGGAACCACUUCGCUCAGCAGUCCAGGUACCCUACAACCGGGUCCUAGCGUCCGAAUUCCCGGCCAGCCGAAACUAAAAGGUAACCAUUCGCAUCUUGUGACGCCGGAUUUUAUCCUACAACACUGGGACCCUACCCAUCCCAUGAUUAGAAAGAAAUUAACUUGGUUGCAAACACCAGAAAUACUGAAAAUCCUCGGAUUAGAUAACCGUCGUCUGCAGCCGUUUACACCUGACACUUUGUACUGCACCGCACCAAAUACAUUUUCACUUACGAUUGGUCCAUGAUGUAAAUGAUAAACAUUAUAUACACCUGUACGUACAUGUACCAAUUAUAUGCUUUAAAGACGCCUUUCAGUAUUAGAAUUGAUUAUUUGAA